UUCACAGCGUGUAGAUAUAUCUUUUGACAGUCUUAGAAAUAACAAGCGCCUGCGUUGACGGCGUCUGCAAGAGAGAGUGUGUUUACAAUGUUGUUAUAGUUGAUUGUUUGCAGAUUCGGUAGCGAUAAUGUUCUUAACUGUCGAGUAAUAUAUAGUGAUAUUUGAUAGUUGGUUCUGUUGUGAAAUGUUCAGAUCAAUUUGUCUUAAUUACGUCACUUAAGAAAAGAAAAAUAACCUGUGUUAGUAGCAGCGCCGAUACAGUCAGCAUCAGUGCUAAGACAAAAACAAUAUGAAAGACUGAGUAUGGCAGUUCAGAAAAGAAGAGAACAAGAUAUACCACCAGGAGCGAUAAUUCUGUCAGAGGAGAAUGUGUUGGAGUACCAUUGGAAACUUGUGAAGCACUGGACUCCUACUGAAGACGUUUGGCCAUUUCGACAUGGGUUAACUAUCCUUGGAGCAGCAGCUUCAUUAUCUGGUAUUUAUAUGAAUAGCUACUACAGGAAAAAGUUGUUUCGGGAUGCUGGAAGGUUUGCCACUUAUCUGCCAGUUGCAAUUCUGCCUGGUAUAAUGAGCACUUUAUUCCAUCAGCAGUUUAUUACGAAUGAUAUUCUUUUGCAAAAGACAGCCUGUCCUUUGUGUGUGCAGACUAGGGCAGCAGCAAUACAGAGUAUUUGUGGUGCAAUUUAUCCUGCAAUACUUGCUCCUGUGACAGGAUUUAUGCUUGCAAUACGUUAUUUUACGUAUGAUGUUCCAGCCAUCAAUAAAGAACCUAUGUCUCUUCUCAAUCUAUGGAGAAAGUUGACUAAGCCAAAAGGGAAUAUUUUCUUUGGAAUUGCUGUUUUACAAGCAGCCGUUGGUUCUGCAAUUACAUACUUCGAAGCAAAAUCUUUUUAUACUGUACAAAGUAAACUUAUUGAAGAAGAAGAGCUAGGAGAAGAUGCUGCUAAUCCUGGAAUAACAUAAAACUAAAUUAUACAAUUUGUAGUGGUUGUUAAUGUGUAUUGCACAAUAAAUUUUUUUAUUUAUGAAAA